UCAUCAUUAUAAUCAGUCACUUUCUUUUGUUUUUUUGUUUUGUUUUUGUUUUUUUGAUUAUAAAUGUUUUGAAGAAUGUCACGAUUAGAUCUUCAAAAUCGAACCCUAAGAAUUGGAUUCAACAAUAAACCACCAAUAACCAAUAUAUAUGGAUGGGAUGAAUCAAUGCAAACAUAUCGGCAUAUUUAUGGUACCGAUCCAUUUGUUCUGAAUUUGUUGGCAAGAUAUUUUAAUUUUACCUAUAAAUUGAUUGACUAUCAUAGAGAUUAUGGAUCAUUAUCAUCGAAUGGAUCAUGGACAGGAACAAUUGGUCAAUUAGCCAGAAAUGAACUUGAUUUAGGUAUCGGUGGUUAUGCCAUUACAUAUGAACGUAUAAAUGUUAUAAAAUUUCUACAUCCACAUCUAUUUGGUCAACAUACAUUUGCAAUGGCCAAAAUAACAACUUUACCGGAUUUUGAUAUAUUUUUCAAACCAUUCGAAUCAAUUGUAUGGUUAUGUUUGCUAAUAACAUUAAUUCUAUCAUGUUUAUUAUAUUUGGUUAUCAAAUAUUUACUACCAUUCAAACAUAUAAAUCUGAUUAUAUGUAGCCUGAAUAUGUUAUUACAACAAUCCUAUCCAAUACGUAAAGAUCAUCUGAUAAGUAAUUCGGCAAAAAUUUGGUUAUUUAGUUUUGCUAUGAUGAGUAUUGUAUUGAUAAAUAUUUAUCAAUCAUAUCUAUUUUCAAUAUUAACCAUAACAAAAUCAAAUGAAAUCAAUAAUAUUGAAAAACUGGCCGAAUCAUGUCAAAAACAUCAAACAAUACCAUAUACAAUUAAAAAUAAUUAUGCUUAUGAAAUAAUUCGUCAUGAUAAUCCAAAUAGUUCAAUAAAUACGAUAACUAAAUAUAUGAAAUUUGUUGCAAAUUAUGAAGAUGGUAUCAAAAUGAUUCAAAAAUCAAAUUCUGUUGUAUUCAUAACUUCACGAGUUUUACUUUUACUUAGUCAACGAUAUUUAGGUCAAGAUCAAUUAUAUAUACCAAUGGAAAGUCAAGAUACAAAUUUUUUAACCAUUGUAGGAUCAAUAAUAUGUCGUCCAACAUUUGAAUAUCAAAAUGAAUUUAAUCGAAUAAUUUCUUACUUAAUGAACAGUGGUAUUAUUUUAAAAAUCGAAAAACAAGAAUUGGAACAAAUUAGAGAUAAAAAUCAACAUAUAUUACAACAAUCCUAUCCUAUACGUAAAGAUCAUCAGAUAAUAUUAACCAUUACGAAAUCAAAUGAAAUUGAUAAUAUUGAAAAAUUGGCCGAAUCAUGCCGUAAACAUCAAACAAUACCAUAUACGAUUAAAAAUAAUUUUAUCUAUCAUAUAAUUAAUCAAGAUAAUCCAAAUAAAUCAAUUUAUACAAUAAGUAAAUAUUUAAAAUUUGUUGAAAAUUAUGAAGAUGGUAUCAAAAUGAUUCAAAAAUCAACGUCCGUUGCAUUUGUAGCUGCACGAGCUAGACUUUUACUUAGUCAAAAAUAUUUAGGUGUAGAUCAAUUAUAUGUACCAAUGGAAAGUCAAGAGACAAAUUUUAUAACCGUUGUAGCAUCAAUAAUAUGUCGUCCGACAUUUGAAUAUACAAAAGAAUUCAAUCGAAUGUAAGUUUAUUUUUAAAAAACUUUUAUAUUUUUCAU